AUGGAGGCCCCAACUCCAACCCACCGACCCCGAAUUUUAGGCCGCUCCUCCAUGUUCCGCUUUUUCGGUAGCCUGGUGGGGAGCAAGAGCAGCCCAAAGCGCUCUCACAAGGGACUGGCAAGAGGCCGGGAGUGUCCCUCGAAAGAGCAGGAUGCCGUCUACCUGAUGAUGGGCCGCCAGGGCCAAGUAGAGAAGGAACUCGAGCCACCCUCCACACUGCCUGGUGCCCUCAUGGUGGCCACUCCCAAGGGCUCCCCACACCUGCCACUGCAUGAUCCCUCAUGCCUGGGGGUGGGGGAUGUGUGGGACCAGACUCUCACCCCCACAGAGAUCCUGCGAGUGCCACCCCAGGGCAAAGAGGUGAGGUUAGUCCUGCCCAGAGGAAGUCAGGAGGUGCUGGGCAGCCUGUCUGAAAAGGAGGAGGAGGAGGAGGAGGAGAAGAAGGAAGCAGCAAGGCAGGCCUCCGGGGAUACAGGGGCCUCGAGCAGGAUUGCCCAGGCCCUGGAGGUGGAGCAAGAAUGCCUGCAGAGGGCCAUGGGGCCACUGGAGGUCAGCCCCAAGACCUUCACCAAGGAGAAGGAAGAGUAUCUGCUUGAUGAAGACCUCAAGCUGGCCUCCUCAAAGGCAGGGAUGACUCCCUGGAACCACCUCCUCAGCUUGUACAAGCAGCUCCAGAAAUCGGCCAUGGCCAAGUUUCCUCUCAAGGAAGGCUUGCCCCCUGAGAAGGAGAAAGGGGAGGAAGAGGAAGUAGAGGAAGAGGACAGCUUAUUUAACCUCUGUGUCCCAGGCACUGUCGCCCUCCAGUCACCACUGCAUAAGACUUUUAGGUCGACAGAUACAGUGGGUUUUGUGGAGUCUGAGUUGAAGAAGCUUCUGGUGGUGCAACGGGAGUCCCGCCUCUGGAAGAUGGGCAGCAAAGAGGGCCGGGAGCUGCUGGCCCAACCAGAGAUCACCCUGGAGGAGGCGGGCAUUGUGGAUGGCCAGCACCUGCUGCUCGAGGAGAUGGACGAGAUGGGGAACUGGCCCCCAGAGUGA